AAUUUAAAUUGACAACAGGUUGUACCUUGAGUAAUCCCACCUAGUACGGCUAGUAUUAUAAUUUUUGAAAAAGAUGGGCAUUGUGAACCAAGUUACUGGCUUUUUUUCCACGAUUCCUCCUUCAGUACAAAUUAUUUUCAUUGUUUUAUGUGUAUUUGUAAUUCGCAAGUUGCUCAAAUCAAGAACGUCCAACAUUGAGAGUGAAAACGAAGGACAAUCAUCUUUGCCUCCUUUGAAAAAGCGAGAUUUUACUGUUGAUGAACUUCUGGAAUUUGAUGGCCUAAAGAAUGAAAGAGUAUUGCUAGCUGUCUGUGGAAAAGUGUUUGAUGUUUCAAAGGGCAAAAGCUUUUAUGGACCUGGUGGUCCCUAUGCAGUAUUUGGUGGACAUGAUGCUAGCAGGGGUCUGGCAACUUUUAGUGCUGAUUCAAGUGCUGUAAUGGAUGUGUAUGAUGAUCUCUCAGAUCUCAAUAGUAUGCAAUUGGACUCCCUGCGAGAAUGGGAAAUGCAAUUUAUGGAGAGAUAUGAUCAUGUUGGAUCAUUACUAAAGCCUGGAGAAAAACCACAACAAUAUGAAGAAUCAGAGACAGAGGAAGAAGAUGACAAGAAAAAAUAUCAAUGAAUUUAAAAGGGAACUUGCUAACAAACAUUUUGUUGAAUUUUUCAAUGUUAUUCUAAUAAAUUUGAUGAAAUUUAAAGGAUUUUUAACUAGUAAGAAGGAAUUACAACUUUAAUAUUAUAAA